AUGCUGUCGUUGUUUCAGGCUGAAGCUGAAUACUCGGUGGAGGAAACUCUGAAGACGCUUCAGAACCAGGAAGGUUUUCAGGGAUUCAUUAUCAUCAAUAAAGAAGGAAUCGUCAUCAGGUCGAGCCUGGACAUUGAGAGCGCGCGGCAGUACGCCUGUCAUGUCCACCGGCUGGUGAUGAAGACCCGGAGCACGAUGCAAGUCAUCGAACCGCAGAGCGACCUCACCAUCCUGAAAGUCCUGUCCAAGAAGAACGAGAUCCUGAUCGCUCCAGAUAAGGAUUAUCUUGUGAUCAUCAUUCAGGACCCUUCAGACUGA